CUCUCAGUCAUGAGGGCAAAUAAAGAAGUGUCGCUCACUAUUAUCGAAGUUUUUAUUCAUGAUCCUCUAUAUAAAUGGGCACUCUCACCACUGAAAGCUUUACAGCGUCAAAAGGAAACAGAUGAUACUGACUCAUGUUUGGAUGACUCUCAAGAGGCUUACGAGGGCAACAAGGAUGCAGCUCGUGCUAUACUCCGUGUUAAACAGAAGCUGGAUGGGUACGAAGAUGGUGAGAUGAGAAGCGUGCAGGGCCAGGUCCAACAAUUCAUACAGGAUGCAGUAGAUGUCGAUCGGUUGUGCCAAAUGUUUCCUGGUUGGGGACCUUGGUUGUAAGCUCCAUGAAAAUGGAUGUAAAUUUUGAUCAAAGGCAAGAGCAAUUUUGUGACUUGUGAAGCUUUACUCUUAUGGGCUGUUUUUCCGCUUAACCCCUUGGACCCUCCUUCGCAACUUUCUACGAGGGACGUGACUUUGCUGCCUUCGGUGCCUGAGCAAUUGUUGGGAA